CCUGCCCCCGGCGGGGGCGGGCAGGGGGCGGCCGUCCCCGCCCCCCCCGGCAGCCGCCCUCUUCGCCCGAGGGAGGUGCGGAGCUGCCGCCGCCGCUCCCCGCGCGGUGCCAGGAGCCUCCCCGCGCCCCCCAGGCAGGGCGGGCGGCGAGGCGCCCCUGGCACGCCGGGCUGGAAGCGAAUGGAGGGAGCAAAGCUCCGCGCUCGGCCGGGGCCUCUCUACCGCCGGGGGGGGGCCGGUCCUGGCGGGACGCGGAGGCGCGGCAGGCGCUGCCCCCGAGAUGCGGCGGCCCCCUCCCGCCCCUCCGAGCUCCCUACCUGUGCCGGGCCCGCCGCUGCCCCUCCCCCGGCCCCGCCGCCGCCGCCGCCCCCGCGGGGGCCGGGACUGAGCGCGCCGCGGCGCCGAGACACGGCCCCGAGAAGAGGGCGAGGGAGCGGGAGCAGUGCCGGCUGCGGCGCAUGAUGUGGGUGCCGCUGCUGGCGUGCCUCACCGCGGGGAUCGUCUCCGUGCCCAGGUGCCAGCGCGGCCCCGGAGCCUUCCUCGGGGCGGCCCGGCUGCUGGCGGCCGUGCCGGGACUCUGCCAGCGCCCGGAAAACAGAUGUGCCACUUCAAAUGCAGUAACAUGCACAAAGUGUCUUGCUUUGGGUCCAGAGUGUGGAUGGUGUGCUCAAGAGGAUUUCAUGGCUGGCACAACACAGAAGGGACGCUGUGACACUGUUUUCAACUUAAUGAAAAGAGGCUGCCAAUCAGAUUUGGUUGAAAACCCCACGGUUCAUGUCACAAUACCUAGUGACCAUGAAACAAAUACACAAGUGACACCAGGAAAAGUUUCAGUCCAGCUGCGUCCAGGAAGUGAAGCAAACUUUAUGUUAAAAGUUCGUCCUUUAGAGAAAUACCCUGUGGAUCUUUACUAUUUAGUUGAUGUCUCAGCCUCUAUGCACAACAAUAUAGAAAAGUUAAAUUCUGUUGGAUUUGCUUUAUCUAAAAAGAUGGAGAAUAUUUCUCUUGAUUUUCGACUUGGAUUUGGAUCCUAUGUGGAUAAAACUGUGUCACCAUAUAUUAGCAUUCAUCCAGGUAGAAUCCAUAACCAGUGCAGUGACUACAAUUUAGAUUGUAUGCCUCCUCAUGGUUAUAUUCAUGUGCUAUCCCUGACUGACAAUAUAGCAGAAUUCAGAAAUGCAGUGAAUAAACAAAAAAUUUCUGGGAAUAUUGAUACACCUGAAGGGGGUUUUGAUGCGAUGCUCCAAGCAGCUGUGUGCCAGAGCCAUAUUGGAUGGCGUAAAGAAGCAAAGCGACUGCUUCUUGUGAUGACAGAUCAAACUUCCCAUCUGGCUCUUGAUAGUAAAUUAGCAGGAAUUGUAAUUCCCCAUGAUGGAAACUGUCACUUGAAAGAUAAUGUGUACAUCAAAGCUACGAGUAUGGAGCAUCCAUCUCUUGGGCAGCUCUCUGAAAAAUUGAUUGACAAUAACAUCAAUGUUAUUUUUGCUGUUCAAGGAAGCCAGUUUCAUUGGUAUAAAGAUCUGUUACCUCUCUUGCCUGGUACUGUUGCAAGACAAAUAGAAUCCCAAGCAGCAAAUCUCAAUGAUUUGGUGGUAGAAGCCUAUCAGAAACUAAUCUCUGAAGUGAAAAUUCAAGUGGAUAACCAGAUCCAAGAUCUUCAUUUCAAUAUCACUGCAAUCUGUCCUGAUGGAAGUAAAAAAACUGGCAUGGAAGGAUGUAAAAAUGUGGGAUAUAAUAAAGAAGUACUUUUCAAUGUAUCAGUUACAAUGAAAGGAUGUCAUACAACUGGAGGAAGAAAAUAUGCCAUACUUAAGCCUAUUGGUUUCAAUGAAACUGCCAUUGUCAAUGUGCAGCAAAGCUGUGCCUGCCAGUAUGGAGACAGCACAGGGCACAAACGAGUGUGGGCUGAUGAAACUUCUCCUGACAGCAAACAGUCCCAGUGCAGUGACAAUAACUGUAGCUCUAACAGAGACACGCUUCCCUCAGAGAAGUGCAGACAACACCAGGACCAACCCAUCUGCAGUGGUCAAGGAAAUUGCAUAGAUGGAAAAUGUUUCUGCUACAAAAACAAGCUAGGCAAGGUGUAUGGCAAGUACUGUGAAAUGGAUGAUUUUUCCUGCCCGUAUCACCAGGGAAACUUAUGUUCUGGUAAUGGUGAAUGUGAAGGUGGUAAAUGCAAAUGCUUUGCUGGCUGGGAAGGUGAUCGUUGUGAGUGCUCAUCACAAUCAGCAAAGCACUGCCUGAAUUCAAAGGGCCAAAUUUGCAGUGGAAGAGGAAAAUGUGUAUGUGGAAAGUGUGAGUGCACAGAUCCAAGAAGCUUUGGACGUUUCUGUGAAUAUUGCCCUACUUGUAACAAAUCCUGUGAAGAAAACUGGAACUGUGUUCAGUGCUAUCAUUCUAACAAUGCAUCUCAAGUCAUACUUGACCAGUGCACAACCUCAUGCACUUACCUACUGCAUUAUAUUGAUAAUACUUCAGAUUGUUUCUCUGGACGAAACUACUUUAGAGUAUUUUCCAUAAUUUUUAUAGUUACCUUUCUGAUCGGGUUGCUUGUUGUCCUUAUCAUCAGGCAGAUAAUUCUGCAGGGGAGUAGCAAUAAAGUUAAAUCUUCAUCUGAUUACAGAGUAUCUUCACCAAAGAAGGAUAAGAUGUUUUUGCCUACAGUUUGUACAAGAACAGUAACAUACAGACGUGACAAACCAGAAGAAAUAAAUAUCGACAUCAGCAAGUUGCGAUUAAACGAAACUUUCAAGUGUGAAUUCUGAAGACUGCAAAUGUCUAUUUCCAUCAAGCUCGACUUUUAAGAAACUACCUUUUGUACUCUGUGAGAGUCUUGACUGUUGCCAUAUGGGUUUGUGUUGUGCAUUUUGUUGAAUACUGUAACAAAGUGACAUGUAAACAUAUUCACAUUAUGUGAUUAUGUUUGGAACUAUAGCUGCUGUAUUUUUUUAAAUUUUUUUGAAAGAGAAAUGUGCAUUACUACUGUUCAGAAACAUUAGUGUUGAUGUAGCACUUUAGCAUAUUCUAAUUUAUUUAGUUAUGGCCUAGAAUGUAGAUACAAACCGGUCUGACAAAGCACUGAUCUCACUCUACAUGUAGCUAGUACUGAUGUGCUCUGUGGGAAUGGACAAAAGCUGUGAUUGAAGUAUUAACAUUGCUGUAUAUUAUAGCAAUAAAUGAAACUAUUAAAAUGCUCUUAAAUAGAGUAAAUGGUACUUUUAUAGUUCUCUCAGUUGACAGAUUCCACUGAUUUGUCUGCUUAUUCCUUUUAUCUUUUCCUCAUAAAAAUGAUGGGAUUAAAUGAGUAUUUAGUUCCUGGCAUAGGUGUAUGUUUUGUGUGUAUACAUACCCAUAUGCAUGCACACACAAGUAAAUUAUAUAUUUAUAGGGGUUUUUAUAUGGAUGAUGUCACUUAAGGAUAAUUUAUAUCCAAUAAAGAGUAAUUUUAAGCUCUUUUACUUGUUUAAAUAUAAUGCCCCUAUUUUAUGCAAAAUUUAAAGUGUUUGGAAACUGAGUGGCUACAGAAAAUGAGAGUUUCUCUACACAACAGCAUAGUCUACAUGAUAAUCACUGCCAGUAGACUACGCCUUUAAAGUCAGCAGCAUCAAAUCUGUUGCAAAUAGAUAAAUUACACCAGAGCUGUGUUUGGUUUGCUAGCUACAUGUCAGUGUUUUGCCAAAUAAGGAUUUGGAUCUUUUUGUAUGAUGUCAGGCAUAAGUCUGAUUUUACAUGUGCUUUUUUUUUUAUCUCUAUGUAAAUUAGUUGAUGAGAUUAGGUUUUCUAAGUUUUUUUGUAACCACCUCAGUUUUUUGUGGCUGUGCAUUGAGAAAUGUGUCCAGUGUGUGAUGGAGAAAAGAACCUGCAAUUUAGAAGAAAGUGGGGAAAAUAAGAGUUUUUUUCUUAAAUUAAUUGACUUUAUAAAUAUGGAUCAGAUUCUGCCUUCAGGAAUGUGCAAAACUCUUCCAAACAUGAUGGGACCAAUAUAAGCUUAUCUGAGAGCAGAAUGUGACUUACAAAGUAAAGCAGAAGCAUGGUUUUUUUGUUUGUUUUUUUUUUUUAUCCCUGAAACCAGCUAGAGUGGUAGAACACGUGUUAUUGUUAUAUGCUUGUUGGAAGCAUCAGUCUGAUUUACUAACUCUAUGCUGCUGAAACCCUAUGAAAAUCUGAUCAACCUCUAAUGUACUAAAACCUUGCUGGCAAAAAGAAAAAUCAUCUCAAAAGACAGUGUAUAAUUUCACCAACAUUUAUUACUAAUACUAAAUACUGUCACUAUUUGUCAUAGAUAAGAGUUACAGAAACAAAGCAGGAUUUCCUUAUGUGCAGUCUUUAGAAAUUACUAGUAUUUCCCAUUCUGUAUUUCUUCUGUAAAUUCCCACUGAAACCUGUGGACUGUGAGGAUUGAAAGAAAGGCAGGGUGUAGAAAAAUGAUGAGUAUUUUAUAAGUGUUAAGUUUCUUGGGUAAUGGCUGAUGUGGGAUUGAGAAAAAUAAUAUACAGACAAUGGGCCUUUCAUUAGUCAUGAAAGCAUAGGGGUUGUUUUAAAAAAAAAAAAAAAAAAAAACAUGUAAAUUGGACUAUUAAAUGUUUUUAAAGCAGUCUCCAAAGUAGGUCCUGAGCAUUCUACCAUACAGGUUAAAUUAUCUCAUUUAACAAAAAGAGUGUUUCUUUACACUGACCCUGACUUUAGUGUUAGCUUAAUUGUAGAAUCUUAGUUAUAGAUUAAUUCCGUAGUCUACCAACUACACCUUAAACUCUCAUUUUCUUUUAAAGUGUAUAGGACCAUUUUCCUCCUGUGUAAAUGAAAAGAUUUCAAACAAUUGGUUUUUGUGGGAUAAAGAUAAAAGAUUGAUAAAGGUUAACCUGCUGUUACCCUUGUCACAAUUCAUGGCUAUUUGUGAGUGGGAAACAAUCUCUGGUUGUCUAUUUAACUUAAAUUUAAACAAUGCUUAGUGCAGUAUAUCUAAGUAUAUAAAAAGAGGUUAAUUAUGUUCUUUAAACAGUGUGAUAAACCCUAAAAAAAAAAGACUCCUCAGAAUCUAUUUUCACCUCAUAAUGGACUUUAAAGCAUGUACUAAAGCAUUUACUGAACUGAUAGCUAUCUUUUUUACAUUAGAAAUUACUUUUCACUGUUAGAAGGAGUUCAGUUUUGUGGGUAAGGGAUAAUGGAACUGGGUUCUUGGUGGAAAAAAACUUGAGCUGUAAUACCCAUCUUCCAGACACAUCACAUCCUGCUGCUGCUGCUUUUCUUCUGUAGCACUUGGCAUUGGACUGCUGCCUGUGAAGGCCCAUGGCCAGUAUUUCCUUAUCAGACACCUGCCUGAAUGUUUAAAAUGCUCUGAUCAAAUAGAGCAUGGUCACAGGACAAAUUGCACUGUAAGCUGCUUGCUGUCCCGGGAUUAAAAAAAAUGUAUAUAAAUUAACAACAACAACAACAACAACAACAAAAAAAAAAAAAAAAAAAAAAAAAAAAAAAAAAAAAAAAAGAAAAGAAAAAAGGAAAAAGAAAAGAAAAAAGGAAAAAAGCUUUCUUGCAUCUCCCUUAUGGUUUUGCUGUAUUGUGGAAGAGGCUGGUGAAAGAGAAUAAGCUGCUGCUAAUGUGACAGGUCAAGGCUUUUAGAAGGCCCGUGGGGAGCUUAUACAGAGCAGGCUUCUUGGGAGGAGGCUUUGUUUCUAGGGAUGGAAUCUAUCCAUGAGAAACUCUGGCUUUGCUUGGUACUUGUUUCCCUCUGCCUUUGACCAUGUUUUUCAGAAGAACUGCUGCAGGAGAUGAAUAGCUCAACAAAAGCCUCACUAUUUAGGGAGCUGUGUUCCCUCAGCACAUGACCUUAAAUGAGAAAGCAGCCUUUAAUUCACAAGGAAUUUCUUCAGUGAUUGCAGAAGGACUGUGCUUCUUAUAGUGCUUAAUAUGGGAGAUAUUAAAGACAAAUUAGUUCAUAUUAGUUUUCAAUGUAUUGUACGUCAAAGAUGCUCAUAAAAAUAGGGGAAAAAAUAACUAACCUUAGAAUAGAACGUUCCAAAGUUCUCAAAUAACAUUUCUUAUAUUGGGCUUCUUCAAAAAAUUUAGAAAUAAGUCCAAUUUUACUGCAUGCUUAUAUCCAAAAAUAUACCAGCAGAUACUGCUGCAUCUCAUCAUUGGUUUGGGGAAUUGUUUUUAGAUUUGGUCCCACAAAUGAAGCAUGUGCAUGACUUUUCACAGCAUAUUUGUUACUGUUAAAAUCCAUAUGUAUACUUUCAAAUUUUUUAGCCUUUUUAAACCUUUGACCCAUUAUUUGCCUGACACUUCAGAAAUCGCAUGUUUAUGCAAUUAAAAAGUAUGAAUUUUACUUCAGAUUUUUUUACCUAUAAAAUGAAGAAAUGCUAUGAAAUAGUUAUUUCCAAGCAUCAUGACUACACUAAUAAGAUUACUGCAGAAAUGUGUGGGAAAAUAGCUGUUUCAUCCAGAAAACGUGCACAUGGUAUGCAAGGAAUUUUCAUUGUGCCCAGCUGAAAUUCCCUUACAUUUGCAAGGAUGUUAAAAAUGAACCUUAAAAAGGAAGGAUGUUCGUAUGGGCAUAGUUUACAUUUUAACUAUUAUUUACAACUGGAUUUAUUUUUUCCUCUCUAUGAUGUCAUGAAAACCUGAUAUGUAAAGCAUUCUUCUGACUGCAAUGGAAAAAUAUUAUUUUCCCAAACUGAUCAUAUAUAAUAUUUAUUUCCUGCUUAGUGUGCAUGUUUUGCAAACCAUGGGAGUAAAUGUGUGAAACAGCUUCUAGCAACCCUCCAGCCUAAAAUAGACAUAGGUUCUGGUGAUGCCCAGGGCAGAGACAUGCAAGGGCACAGCUGCCUGUGUGGAGACUUCCAGAGGGACAGUGCUGGGGCUCCCCACAGCAUCCCUGCAGAAAUGGUGAUCUGAGAUCUCGCUUCGCCUUUUGUCAGGACAGGAAACCUCUUCAAAGUAGGUUGGCUUGGCAGUGGUGGUGCCCUAGGUUUGCAGCACAGGCUCUUGGCCCCAUACUGGGACUGCAUUGUGUGCAGUCUGAACCCUAAUGCUGCAGGCUUUUUGCAUCUUUACUCAUCAAAAAAUGCCUGCACACGAGCCAGCAAGGGACAGCCUGUACAUGGGGAUUCUGCAGACCUCCAUUAAACCUCCUGGGGAGUGUUUGGGCACCUGCCCGUUGACUUCCCACCAGCCCCUGGAUCUCCACCAGCCAGCCUUAAGGAAUGUAAGCAGUGGCUGUAAAGGGCACUUCUCACGGUGCUGAGUCAGUGCUGGAUGACUCCUACUCUGCCCCGACUGCGAGAGACAUGUGGUGACAAUGUCCUGGCUACCAUUUUGCAACAGAGGGGAAAGCAGAAAUGAAGCAAUAUUUAAGAAAAACACUAAUUUUUAAUUCUGAACUUGAGACUGCUCUGAUGCACAGGUAUCUGUUGGCUCUUACAGAGAAUUGAAAUUCAUGGAGAGGGGGGGAAAAGGUUAAAGUUAACCAGCGGGAAUGCAUCUUUAUUGCAUGCCAAAUCAGUGGGGUUUCACUGAGAGCAAGCCAGCUGAGAAUGGUUGGCCUGUCUGGUAGUGGGGGGAAGAAAAAACCUUAAAUUUCUAGAUUCUUAAGCUUUAGUAAUGCUGUUCUGAAUUGCAUGUUCUCUUUGUUUCCGUUUCUGAACAUGCUUAAAAAAAAAGUGCCUAUUAAAAAAAUUUAAAUGUCUGGCAUUUGUUAAAAUAGUUACUUCUGUCCAAAUUCUAACAUUUCAUCCUGAUAGCUAUAUCAUAUUUGGGCUGUUUCAGUUGUAUUUUGAAGGGAGAUGUUGAAAAAUGAGAGUCUUUUGCAGAGGCAUUAGUGUUGGAUGAAUUCACUGUGCUGACAUCUUCACUCUUACCUACUACUGCUUCAAAAAUAAUGCUACUUUAAAGUGUCUUACUUAGCAACUGUGUGACAGCUAUUAAUAAUACUACAGUUUUAAACUUUCUAUUUAACAUAUACUACCUUUUGUAAAAAAGAAAUAGAGAUAAAUAAUGUGUGUCUAUAUUUUAUGCAUAGAGAAUCUUAGUAAGGGAAGAGGUUUUAAAUUUGAUAACUUCUUACUGCUCAUUUUGCAUUUUAAAUGAUACUUUUAAAUCACUACUUUUGUUCAUCUGGAAAUAUAAUGAAUAUUUUAUUAUUUAAAGUAGCAUACUUUUAUAGCUGUUUUAUUAAUUUCAGUUGACUACUAACUUCUAUUGUGAUAUUUAUUAAUUAGUUACACUGUAGCAUAUUGAGAUGUUUAUUUUUCUAUCAGAGCUGUAACAACUAUGACAUAGCAUUAUUUUAAUGCAUCAUUGUACUUGCUCUCUAAAAAAUAAAAUCAAUAUUUAAUCCACA